AUGCACUUAAGCCAAUUCAGGGUGUGGUAUGUGCUGGCAGCAGCAGUAAUUUCUUUGUCACCAGCUGAUGCUGUCAAAGAGAUAGACGCCACAGCGUACGCUAUCGAUACAACCAGCUCUGACCCCACCAACCUCAUUCAGGGUCUCAAACAAGGUGACAAUUUUCGUCCAAUCACAGGUUUCAGGCGCUUCGAUGGUGUUCAGAAGGUUCGCUUCGAACAGACGUAUAAAGACAUCCCGGUUUACGGGUCGGUAGUUGUCAUGGAAAAGAAUUCGAACGGGGAAUUUUACGAUGUUUCUGACGGGGAGCUAUUCGAGGAUAUCCUAAUGGACUUGAACGAGACUGACCCGAUGAUAACUAUAGCGGAGGCUAUCGAUAUCGCCAUAGCCGCCGUCAGUGAUCCAGAAUCUGCGUUCAAAUCUGAAGCCAUUGCCGACCUCCUAGUCUCUGAUGAAGGUGGAUAUGCCCAUCUGAUUUAUCGCGUAAAAUUUCUGGCGAAAAAGGAAAGCGGCUACUCCAGCCCGGUUGUAAUCAUUGAUGCCCUUAGCGGUGAAGUUUUACGAAAUUUUGAGUCCCUGAUGACCGAAUCUAUUCAAAUUGGUGGAGUUGGUGGCAAUGUCAAGUUCGGUAAAUAUAUCUUCGGCAACAGCGCCGGAGAUUGUUCUACUGGAGGUGGUGGCGGCGGUGGUGGCACCCCGACCACUGCCGGGCCAACUACCACUGCCCCCGAGGUCACCACCAACUCCACCGACUGGGAUUGGUAUGACUAUGACUGGAAUGCUACAUCUAAUGCUACGGCUAAUGCUACAUCUAAUAUUACCCGACGCCAAGCCGAAUCUUGCAAUCCUAACCAAUUCCCUAAAUUAAUCGUCGACAAACUGACUAACGGCAAAUGCGCUCUAAAGUCAAAAAACACCCAGAUAUAUCACGUCCAAGGAAAGUCUGCUGAGCAAGAUCCUGGCUUAGGCGAACUCCUAAAAGAGGUCUAUUCAGUUGACUGCGCCAAUAAUUUCAACAAUGUCAACGAUUUUGCAAAUGGCGGUUACAGUCCUGCGAAUGACGCGUUUUUCUAUAGCGAAAAGACAUUUGAGAUGUUUCAGAAAUGGUUGAAGAAACCGGCCGUGAAAGUGGAACCUCCAGGUCCUUUGAAAAUUGCCGUUCAUUUUGGUACGAACCUCGAGAAUGCCUUCUACUACAGAGAUCGCUGUUUCUUCGGUAAUGGUGCCGACACCUUCCACCCUCUUGUUGAUGUGAAUGUAGUUGCUCACGAGCUCGCCCAUGGUUUUACAGAGGACCAUUCUAAUCUUGAAUACGUAGACAUGUCAGGGGGUAUGAACGAAGCAUUUUCGGACAUGGCCGGGGAAGCCUUAGAAUAUUACCUGUUCGGAAAGGUCGACUGGAUCGUUGGAGGAGCUUCCAUGAAAGAAGCAGGUAAAGGACUUCGGUACUUCGACGAUCCUACAAAAGAUGGGCAAUCCAUAGGCCACGCCCGAGAUUUCAGAACUGGCAUGAGCGUUCAUCUCAGUAGUGGGGUGUACAACAAAGCUUUCUACAACCUAGCCAACACCAAUGGUUGGAACGUGGAAAAGGCUUUCAGGGUCUUUGGUACUGCCAACGUUGUUUAUUGGGGAGCCAAAGCUACCUUUAAUACUGGCGCCUGUGGGGUCCGCAAGGCAGCUGCUGAUCUGAAACUACCCACUCAAGAUGUUAUUAAUGCCUUCAGCAGCGUUGGUGUCACUUGCACCUCAGCUAAGUAA